AUGAGCAUUUUUCUAAAUCUAACAACAUUAGUUUUCUAAACUUUCUAAUUGAAACUGAUAUCAGAGUCAUAAAUAAAAAAAAACUUAAAAUGAAAUUCUUAGUAGCUUCCUUACUAGUGGUUGUCCUUUUGAUGGUCUGCCCCAGCAGCCAGGCAGCUAAAAUUUGUGUUUCCCAUGUAGAGACCUGCAAUGAUAAUAUUCCUGUCUGUGGUCGUUUUGGUGGUUCCAAUUUGUGCAAGAACUUUAAAAAUCGCUGUGAAUUUGAGAUUUUCAAUUGUGCCAGCAAGACUCCUUAUAAGAUUGUUAAUAGCAACAUGUGCACUGGCAUUCCCCUUAAUACUCGCACAUUUUGUAAUGGUCUCCAAACUGGACCCAUAGUGGGUGGUGGUAAAUUCCCCCACUGGUAUGGUAACAAACCUGGUUUUGCUGGAUGUAAAGGCAAGAAGUGCGGUUUUGGUGGACUCAAAGGCGGUUACAAUGGUGGCGCUGAUGUUCAACCUAUUGUUAUUAAUCGUGGUAAAUAAAUGGAACGAAAAUAAGGUUUUAGUGUUGUAGGACAUAUGAAUUUGAAAUGUAAUGAUGUUUUUAUUUAAAAAUAAUAAUUAAAAUUUGACAAUAAAUAUUAAAGAUUUA